AUGCCCGUGGACGACAGAGACCUGCGCGCCUCGAUGACCCAAACUGGACAGACGGACGAGCUGUCAAACCUGCUCCGCUGCACCUCGUACUCCCCCGGAGAGCAGCACAGAGGCAGCUGCGCCUCCGACUCCUCCGACUCCGUCAUCUCCACGGGCAGCGAGGCCGACGCACAGCUGUACAAGGUGGUCCUCCUCGGGGAGCACGGAGUGGGCAAGUCCAGCCUGGCGCGCGUCUUUGGUGGAGUUGAGGAUGGAAGUCACGACUGCGACGAAGCAGGAAACACUUACGAUAGAUCUAUUUUUGUGGAUGAAGAAGAGGCGUCCAUCCUUCUCUAUGAUGUUUGGGAACAGGAUAACAGCCAGUGGAUGAAGGAGCAGUGCAUGAAGAUGGGAGACGCCUACAUUAUUGUGUAUUCCGUCACAGACAAGUCGAGCUUUGAGAAGGCCUCAGAGCUGCGGAUUCAGCUACGUAGAGCCAGACAGUCGGAGAACAUUCCCAUCAUCCUCGUGGGCAACAAGAGUGACCUAGUGCGGUCCAGAGAGGUGUCAGUAGAUGAGGGUAGCGCAUGUGCAGUGGUAUUUGAUUGCAAGUUCAUCGAAACGUCGGCAUCUCUCCACCACAACGUGCAAGCCUUAUUUGAGGGAAUUGUCAGACAGAUCCGCUUGAGGAAAGACAGCAAAGAGGAAAAUGCCAGACGCAUGGCCAACUGCAGACGUCGGGAAAGCAUCAGUAAGAAAGCCAAGCGGUUCCUUGGUCGUAUGGUCGCACGCAAAAACAAAAAGAUGGCCUUCAGGCAGAAGUCCAAGUCCUGCCACGAUCUGACUGUGUCCUUCAGAACCUCAGUGCAGCGUCAGAGCUUCACUGUGGAGAUAUUUGUCAUUGACAAGAAUGACAAUGUGCCCACGUUUAUACAGGAGAGUAUGAGAGGCAGUGUGCAGCUUGGGCUUCUCAAAGGGAUCCCGUUCAUGCAGGUGGAGGCUCUGGACCGUGACGACAGGAACACCCCUCACUCCGAGCUGCGCUUCAGCCUCCUGGAGCAGACUCCCAGAAUCCCCUACAGCCACAUGUUCUCCAUCGACCCGCUGUCUGGAGAAGUGAGCCUGACUGAAGAAGGAGCCUCGACCCUGGACCCGGAGAUGUGUGGGCGUUACAAGCUGUCAGUGAUGGUCAAAGACAUGGCAGGGAAGUCCAAUGCUUUCUUCACCACUGGGAUUGUCAUUUUGGAGGUGACUGGAAACUCGUGGGCCUCUCCUGACCCUGUGAGGCUGCAGGAGAAUCUGCCUGGCCCCUAUCCCAUCGCCAUCGCACAGGUCAAAUGGACUGGCAGCCAGGCCGAGUACAGCCUGGAGGGGGAGUUCCCAGAGAUGCUCUUCACCAUCAGCCGAGAGGGAGUCAUUUAUCUGAACGCGCCACUCGACCGAGAGACACAGGACCAGUUUCUGAUCUCUAUCGUGGUGGAGCGUCCGGACGGCAGAGAGAUCGCCAAACCCGUAGAGCUGCGUGUGAUGGUGGGCGACGCCAACGACAACAGGCCCACUUUCCCUCAGGCUCAAUAUCACACUGUGGUCAAAGAGCUGGCUGCAAGAGGGACUGAAAUCCUGACAGUGCAGGCGGCUGACAACGACGAUCCAAAGACGGACAAUGUGCGGAUCUUCUAUCGUUUAGUGGGACAGAUCCCAGAGAGUCCCAGGGCCCUCUUCAGAGUAGACCGGGACUCUGGGGUCAUAUCGGUCCAAGCAGACAGUAUGGAGGGCACUGCUCCACAGUACACACUGACCAUCACUGCAGAAGACGCUAAAGGUCUCAACAGCUCGUGCACUGUGGUGGUGACUGUGCAGGAUGAGAAUAACAACCCACCAGUCUUUUCCCAACACGAGUAUGGGCCCUACCACAUUCCGGAGGACGCCCCGGUGGGUACCACAGUGACUGCGAUUGUGGCCGGUGACGGAGAUGUUCGAGGGGGAGACAGCUGGCAGGUCAACUACCGCAUGGAGUCCGGAAACGAAGAAGAAGCCUUCUCUCUGGUGACAGACAGACAAACCAACGAAGUGUCUCUGGUGCUCUCAAAGGUGCUGGAUUUUGAGCGUGAGAGUGAGUACAUCCUUGUCCUUAGUGCUCAGAACCCAGUGGCCCUGGUCCGCGGUCGCUACGGGCCUUUAUCCACGGCAACAGUCUCCAUCUAUGUGGACGAUGUGAACGAAGGACCCAUCCUGUCCCAGAGCCACUAUGAGGUGACUGUCCGCGAGGGGGAGGAGCCAGGACGGGUGAUCGCCACCAUUAGGGGAUAUGACCCUGACUCCCAUCCAAUCAGCCCGGUGCUGGUGGGGGAUUACUCCUGGAAGUACCUGUGCACCCCUCGGUGGGAGGACCAGGCGCUGGUGCUGGCAUCUCGGGACAGUGACGGGCCACAACACGGAGGACGCCUUAAUUUCUCCCUUCGCAGUGAUGCUACUGUUCGACGCAACUGGAAACUUACACCUAUAAAUGAUACCCACACAAACCUGUCCUUAAACAUCCCCUAUCUGCCUCCGGAGGUCUACACAGUGCCGUUCACCAUUUCGGACAGCAGCUCUCCUCCACGCAGCACCUUCAUCAACCUGCCAGUCACAGUGUGUCCGUGCAACAUCAGAGGAAACUGUAAAAUCGCUGCCAAGAAGCUGCAGGGCAUGCCAACCGUCCAGUCUGCAGUGGGCAUCCUGCUCGGCACCUUCACAGUCAUAGGUAUUAUUCUCGCUGUGAUAUUUGUGAGACUUUCAUAUCAAAACCCCAAAGAAGAGAACAAAUCAAACCAAGAGCUCGUUCCGCUGAAGAUUUCUAUCUAA